CGUGGCAUUUAUAAUUACUGGCCAUAAGAAUAAGUUCCUAACUCUUAUUAACGUGAUAAUGACGUGCUUGCCUUCGAAGAUCAGACUCAGAUUUUUCAAUUGAGUAACUCUCUCUCUCUCUGAGUGAGCAAUGGCAAGAGCAGGAGGAAUAACGAACGCAGUAAACGUGGGGAUAGCAGUGCAAGCAGAUUGGGAGAAUCGCGAGUUCAUAUCUCAUGUUUCCCUCAAUGUCCGUCGCCUCUUUGACUUCCUCGUCCAAUUCGAGGCUACAACAAAAAGCAAGCUGGCAUCCUUGAAUGAGAAGCUUGAUACACUGGAGCGUCGUCUAGAACUGCUUGAAGUCCAAGUGGGUUCUGCAACAGCCAACCCAUCUCUGUUUACUGCUUGAUCUACACUGGAUUGCAGCAUUGUAAAAAUAUAGCUUGCAUGUAAGCUACCUCUUAUCUGGACUAUGAUCAUGUUGCUUGAUUUAGGAAUCCAACAUGAAAUGAUAUAUCCCUAUGUUUACCAAUUGUAUAUUUUUCUUGUUCUUUAUGGUGUGGAUACCUCAGUUGCUCGUUUGUGCUGAAGUGUUUUUUCGCAGGAAAGAUAAUGGAAUGAGUUUGGUUUUGUGUC